CCAGGAAUGGACGGUAUUUGACUUGGGACCGCCGUCGGGGUAAAUCUGCAAUCCGCUUUUCUGUACAAAGGCGGCUAUUUCUACAGCGACCUCCUUCACAUACACCCUUUGCUGACCCGCACGAGGCCGGCGCAGCGACUGAAACACGCCCAGACAAGAGUUCCUGUCCUACACUCAGGUACGCCACGGUCUGCGUAAUUGCAAUGAGCGGGGCCUUCACCCAACCUCCCAAGCAUGGCAACACUGUCCAGGCUUGCGAUCUAUGCCGUCUCAAGAAGAGAAAAUGCGAUUUGAAGGGUGGGGUCAGAAGGUGCUCUUCCUGUGAAAAGACCGAUGCAGUUUGUCAGAUCACGCAUGUCACAAAGCCACGAGAGAAGCGGAAGAAAAAGCACAUGGAGAACCUUGAAGACCGGCUCCGCAGUCUUGAAGAUCUAAUCAGAGUCUCUCUAGCCGCGAAGACCUCAACGUCAAAGCCUCAGGAGCCAUCUCCUGUCGCCAUGGCUUCCUCGCUACAACCUGCACUACCAACUUCCUGGACAACAGCCUCCCCUCCUACGAAUGGAAUGGCACGUCCCUUAACGCAAGUGCCAACGCUAGUUCGCAGCCUUGAGCAUCACCAGUUAGACCCUGGGUCGUCAUCAGAUGUCUCUCAACCUUCAGAGACGAUAUACUCUCAGCUGACUUCCGAGAUCUCCCAGUCCUGGCAUAUCACGGGGUCUUCGGAAUCUGCGGCUGCAGGCAACCUCGGAGCCUUCAACAUAGACCUGCGGCCACAGACGAGGAUCAAUGGUGUCAGGAAGUGCUCUCUCCCACCUGCUCAGGGCGGCCUGUUCCUCUUGCAAGAAUUUCUGGUCGAUUUCAACGCAGCUAUACCCCUAUUCGAUGCUGCGACCAUAAGCGCACUUUUCUUGGACUGCUACAAUGGUAGAGCGGACGGACAAGUCAUAUCUUGGGUCACCCUCAAAGUUGUCUUAGCUAUAGCUCAUCGACUACGAGCUAUGAGUCCUCUGGGAGUUGCACAAGAUACCGAGAAUGUUCAGACAUACUUGGAAGAGUCACUCGCAGAGUUGCCGGGACUUGUGCUGAUGGAGCCAUCGCUACUUCUUGCGCAAUGCUACUUAGGGAUUGCAAUUGUCUUGUCGACGUCCUCUCGACCUGAACCCGCUGCCACGCUGGUGUCGAUGGCCUUGAGGGUGCUCCAGGAUCUCCACAUCAAUGACCCUGACCCUGACCCGGAAAAUACUCCGACAGAUCAGUUGCAGCGAGAACGUGUGUUCUGGAUUGCAUACUUCAUGGACGCAGAUAUGAGUCUGCGAGGGUGGAGACUACCGAGUUUGAGUCCCAAGCUCACCAAUGUAGACCUGCCGGCCGAGGAUCCGCUUGAUGGAGCGGGAAGCAUCCAGGCCACGGAAGGUGACCUCAAGGUCAACAUUUUCCGACUUCGCGCUAAGCUCGCUUUACUCCAAGCUCAACUAAUGGAAUAUGUUUUGGCUCCGCGAGCUGCGAGUCAUGAUGAUCGCCCAUUGCACGAGAUUGCGAUGAGAUUGCACAAAUGGAGAUCGCACUUCCUAUUUAUGUUCGAGGUCAAGGACUAUCACGAGAUGCUACACCGUUCUGACCUUGUCCACGUCGUCAUCCUCGAAUCGGUGUAUUUCGCCACUAUUUAUGCUGUCCAUCUCCACGUCAGCCAUGGUUACAAGUUGGGCCGCAGUCCCUUCUCGCCCGCUGCGCUAACCCUAGCCACGGCAAUGGAAGAUGCUGCACUGCCUCAUCGUGACGCUCUGCGGUUUAUGGAGUUUCUGAGAUUACUACCGGGCAGCGAUGUUCCCUUCAAUUGGCUGAGUCUCGAAGCUCUUGUUUCAGGCGUAGUGGUUAUGCUGACGCACGUGAUGCACAAUGCCAAAGGCGCCAAUGCAAAGGCUGAACUCGAUGUUGCCAGGCCUGUGCUACACAUGUUGUACCAAAUGAUUGAUUUCAGGAGAGAUCAAGACCUUACCCGGUUACAGCACCUUUGUGCCGAUCUCUAUCUGAGGACCGAUCAGAUGAUACGGCAGGGUAUUGCUCGGAAGUAACAAGGUAACUGCAGUUCUUUCCACGCUUGCGGUCUCGCGACUGAGUGAGACUUCAUGUGUACACCAAGUCUUCCAGGGACCAUAUUGCUCUCAGUUGGUGGAGUGCUAUGCUGACGGUCAUUCACCAUCAUCUGAAAGAGCGUUUGGCAGAUAUUUGUUGGGAGAGGGAAAAGCAUGCAUGGGGAAUGUCAGGAUGUCGCUAAAGAAAGGAGGAAAUGUGUCAACAUUGUCCUUGGAAAAGCAAGCAUGAUCUCGUGCUCCUUCGAAUACUGCAGUACUCCUACUCGUAGUAGCCGAGGCCACUAAAGGCUGCUACAGUCGGCUAAGUUGCC